UCCGCUCCUCCCGCCUCUAUGGUUUGGGGGCGGGGUUUGCGCUACCGGAAGUGAAGGGGCACAUCCGGUGUGGCGGCGCGGCCGGGGCCGGUGCUGGGUGUCGGUGAGCGGGCCGGCGCUCCCGGGUCAGGAGUUUCUGAUCGGGCCGGGGCAUCCCGGCGGUGCCGCCAUGUCCAUGUCGCACUUGUACGGCACGGACGGAGACGAUGGCGUGGAGAUGGAGAGCUUCGAGGUGUCGGACUGGGACCUGCAGAACGAAUUCAACCCGCACCGGCAGCGGCACCGCCAGACCAAGGAGGAGGCGACCUACGGCGUGUGGGCCGAGCGCGACUCGGAUGAGGAGCGGCCCAGCUUCGGCGGGAAGCGCUCCAGGGAUUACUCUGCCCCCGUGAGCUUUGUCAGUGCUGGGCUGAGGAAAGCAGCAGCCGAGGAACUCUCGGAUGAGGACUCAGAUGAUGAUGAGAAGCCUGUGAAGCAGGAGGAGAUUCCCAAGGAGUUUGUGCCCAAGAAGUUAAAAACAGGUGGAAAUUUCAAGCCCAGCCAGAAAGGCUUUGCAGGGGGCUCCAAGUCCUUCGUGGAUUUUGGCAGCUGGGAGAGACACACUAAAGGAAUUGGGCAGAAGCUUCUCCAGAAGAUGGGAUAUGUCCCUGGAAGGGGUCUGGGGAAGAAUGCUCAAGGAAUCAUCAAUCCCAUCGAGGCCAAGCAGAGGAAAGGCAAAGGUGCUGUGGGCGCCUACGGCUCCGAGAGGACCACGCAGUCCUUGCAGGACUUCCCUGUGGUGGACUCAGAAGAGGAAGCUGAGGAGGAAUUUCAGAAGGAGCUCAGCCAGUGGCGGAAAGACCCAAAUGGAGGCAAGAAAAAACCCAAGUACAGCUACAAGACAGUGGAAGAGCUGAAAGCCAAGGGCAGGAUCAGCAAGCAGCUUGCAGCCCCUCAGAAGGAGAUUUCCCAGGUCAAGGUGAUCGACAUGACGGGCCGGGAGCAGAAGGUUUAUUACAGCUACAGCCAGAUCAGCCACAAGCACAACAUCCCAGAUGACAGCCCCCAGCAGCCCCUGGGCAAGGACUCCAAGCCCCAGGGGUUUGCCCUGCCUGAGCUGGAGCACAACCUGCAGCUGCUCAUCGACAUCACAGAGCAGGAGAUCAUCCAGAGCGACCGGCAGCUGCAGUACGAGAGGGACAUGGUGGUCAACCUGAGCCACGAGAUCCAGAAGAUGGCUGAGGUGCUGUCCCACGAGGAGAAGGCCAUCAGCAACCUCAGCAAGGUGCUGGACAUGGUGGAGGAGUGUGAGAGAAGGAUGCAGCCAGGCUGUGAGAACCCUCUGACCCUGGAUGAGUGUGCAAAGAUCUUUGAGACCCUGCAGGACAAGUACUAUGAGGAGUACAGGAUGUCAGACAGGGUGGACCUGGCAGUGGCCAUAGUUUAUCCUCUCAUGAAGGAAUACUUCAAGAACUGGGAUCCCCUCAAGGACUGUACAUAUGGCACAGAGAUCAUAGCCAAGUGGAAGAGCCUUCUGGAAAAUGAUCAGCUGUUAUCCCACAGUGGGCAGGACCUGUCAACAGAUGCUUUUCACAGACUGAUGUGGGAGAUCUGGAUGCCAUAUGUCAGAAACAUCGUGGCGCGGUGGCAGCCAAGGAACUGCGGAUCCAUGGUGGAUUUCCUGGACAGCUGGGUGAACGUUGUUCCUGUGUGGAUACUGGAUAACAUUCUGGAUCAGCUCAUCUUCCCCAAGCUGCAGAAGGAGGUGGAGAGCUGGAACCCACUGACGGACACGGUGCCCAUCCACUCGUGGAUCCACCCCUGGCUGCCGCUGAUGCAGGCGCGGCUGGAGCCGCUCUACUCGCCCAUCCGCAACAAGCUGGCCAACGCCCUGCAGAAGUGGCACCCCAGCGACUCCUCUGCCAAGCUCAUCCUCCAGCCCUGGAAGGAUGUCUUCACUCCUGGCUCCUGGGAGGCUUUCAUGGUCAAGAACAUCGUGCCUAAACUCGGUAUGUGUCUGAAUGAACUCAUCAUCAACCCCCACCAGCAGCACAUGGAUGCCUUUUACUGGGUGAUUGACUGGGAGGGGAUGAUUUCUGUCUCCAGCCUGGUUGGGCUGCUGGAGAAACACUUCUUCCCAAAGUGGCUGCAGGUGCUCUGCUCUUGGCUCAGUAACAGCCCCAACUACGAAGAGAUCACCAAGUGGUACCUGGGCUGGAAGUCCAUGUUCUCAGACCAGGUGCUGGCACAUCCCUCCAUCAAAGACAAGUUCAAUGAAGCCCUUGACAUCAUGAACAGGGCUGUGUCCUCCAGCGUGGGUGGGUACAUGCAGCCGGGCGCCCGGGAGAACAUCGCCUACCUGACGCACACGGAGCGGCGCAAGGACUUCCAGUACGAGGCCAUGCAGGAGCGGCGCGAGGCCGAGAACAUGGCGCAGCGCGGCAUCGGCGCCGCCGCCGGCUCCGUGCCCAUGAACUUCAAGGACCUCAUCCAGACCAAGGCCGAGGAGCACAACAUCGUCUUCAUGCCCGUCAUCGGCAAGAGGCACGAGGGCAAGCAGCUCUACACCUUCGGCAGGAUCGUCAUCUACAUCGACAGGGGCGUGGUCUUCGUGCAAGGGGAGAAGACCUGGGUGCCCACCUCGCUGCAGAGCCUCAUUGACAUGGCCAAGUGAGGCACCUGGGUGCCCUCCUACUGCAGAGCCUCAUUGACAUGGCCAAGUGAGGCACCUGGGUGCCACCUUCUGCAGAGCCUCAUUGACAUGGCCAAGUGAGGCACCUGGGUGCCCACCUUCCUGCAGAGCCUCAUUGACAUGGCCAAGUGAGGCACCUGGGUGCCACCUCGCUGCAGAGCCUCAUUGACAUGGCCAAGUGAGGCACCUGGGUGCCCACCUUCCUGCAGAGCCUCAUUGACAUGGCCAAGUGAGGCACCUGGGUGCCCACCUUCCUGCAGAGCCUCAUUGACAUGGCCAAGUGAGGCACCUGGGUGCCCACCUUCCUGCAGAGCCUUGGCUGAGUGAGGCCCUGUUGAGGAUUGAGUCAACUCCCAGGAACAGCCUCUGGGUAAUCCUUAGAAUAAACAAGUUCCAGGUUUUUAAAUAGUGACACUGGAGCUGGAUGCCAGGUUUUGUUGGAAGAGCUGUUUAGACAGUGGCAAGAGGAUGGAGGGCCAGACUUUGCCACCUGGGACAGAAGUUUACCAGCAAGUUAGGAGGGAUCACAUUCUCUGCUCCAACAGCUGAGUGAGGGCUGGCCUAGCUGAGUCCCCUCAGAUACCACAGCUUGUGCUGCCAGUGAGUUACUGUCAUCACAGCAUCCUCACACAGUGGGCUCCUCUUUGCUGCACACAGCCAGGACCCGUCCCAGCUCUCUCUGCUGUGGGACUGCAGUGGUUAAGAGCACAGAGGUGAGGGAAGGAAUCCUAAGGCUUUUUUUCCUGGAGUGAGCCAACCUGGUUGUUGUCAAGACUGAUCAAGAGCUGAUCUCAGCAGCAAAUGAGAGCUGGGAGGUUUUUCCAAGUAUAAUCUGGGAACCAGACCUCAACAUCUCCCACUACAAACCCCUCAGAUAAUUUCCCCUUCAUGAUGAGUUGAAAUGUGUUUAGGGCAUGCAAGGGCCUUGAAUUGUUAUGGAAGGGGAGGGAACCAGAGAGUCACUGCAGUGCAGAUGGUUCUCAAGGCAGGCUUUGGUGGAAUUAGUUUUCAGUAUUCAGUGAGUGUAAGUCAAAGCUCAGCUUUAUUUUUUUAUUAAAUAAGAUACAAAAAUGUCUCAUCACCUCAGCAUUCAGGUGCUGCCACUUCUGACAGAGCCUGAUGCCACUGUUGCUACUGAGCUCCAUCUCAGCUGCACAGAAGCUUCCAUGGGAAGAGAUGUGGAUCCCAGCCCUGCCACCACGGGACAGUCAGGACUUGGCAGUAGGUCCCUCCCCCUUCCUGAUGAUCUCCAGGUCCUCACAGUCCUGGUACAUCGGCUCCUCUACAAAGUCCCAGACCUCAGGGGAGAGCUCCUGCAGUUUAUCCAAGGGAAACCAGUGCACGGAGGUGUCAUUGAAGGUGUCCAGGUAGCGGGGGUGACUGGGGAGUGCCACUUCCUCCACUCCUUUCAAGACCUAAAGAUCAUUUGGGGGAAAAGUUAGACAAUGCAGAAGCCCCUUCCUGCAAAGCUGAGCCAGUGAGGACGAGAAUGGUUUUACAUUACCCUCAGCCCCUGUGUGCAGGAUGUUCUGCAGAUGUUCAACAAUCCUAAAGUGAUUAACUUUUAUAUUACGUGUCUAGGAAAAAUGUUUUAAAAAUAACCCCCCUCUUCUUUCCAAUGGUAAUUCAUUUUUCUCAUUAAAAGGUGUGUUGUCAACAUGAA